AUGGGUAUCGUCAGCAGCAAGCCCGACGACGGGGCUGCUCUCUACCUGAGAGAUCAGAACCGAUUGAACAUAUCUUCCUUGGUCGUUACAAGCCCACGGAAGCGAACCUCUGUUAACAUUGUCCCCAAUGCAUAUCCAACUACCAAGAUAACUGCCCAGAGAACACUCGGCGACACAUCUCCCAUAGAAUUUGUUCAGGUUGGUUUGCGCCGCUUCCCCCCAGCUUCCCCUCCUCCCAUCAGUCCUCGACCUUUGUUUGCAGCUCCUGACCCGCCCCAGGAUCCCGACCCCUCAAACCCGAGCGGUGCACCGAGUUUUCUAAUCAAGCUGAGCAACGAUGACGAGCUCAUAUUCUCCUUCACAUUUGUCAUGCGCCAGUCGCAGGGCCAACCUGACGCAAAUUCCGGCCCCAUCGAUACCAGCAUUUCCGGCCUCACCUAUGUCAACGCCUCCAACCCCAGAGAAGUCGAGAACCUCGUGACUCGAGAGUUCCAUGCCGACCCGAAUCUACACAAGAAUGCCAACGUGGCCUUGGUUGGUGACUAUUCAACCGGUGGAAGCCCGUCAGUGACAUUCGAGUGGACAUGGAAGUGGAAGCCGCCGAAGCCCACAGAGGACAGAGGUGGCGGAUGGAGGAACUCGUGCAGCUUUGUUGAGUACGAUUCUCGGGCCCAUCGACUGCACACAUUGGCGAGCUUCUCCUAUUUUGUUGCAGGCACAGGCGCAUCCUUGAGCCAUCCGAACUCGCCCUCCCCUCCUUUCCUGCUAGCAUCCCCACCCAAGAUUCGAGUUGCCUCGUCCCAAUCAGUAGACUCCCGCAUGACCGUUCCAGAUAUCCUCGACGAACCCGUCUCGCCCUUGAUGUCUACCGCCGAGGUACCACCUACACCCUCGUUCAGGGAAGCGAAGGAGCCUGUCAAGGUGGACGUACCUUGUCCCAAGCCUGGAGACGAAGUCAUGGUGAGCGACGACGGACCAGUCUUUCGGGCUACCCUCAAGGCUCUGGAGCAAAAGACGGGCAACAUGAGGACCCAGAUGAAGAAGGUUCUGAAGAAGGCCGAACACGCACACGCAUGUCAAAUCGAAGCCAACGACGCCUUCCUCGCCUUCGUUGACUCGCUCCGAGAUGCUGCGUCAACCAACGCCAACGCCGUCCAACCCGCUCUGGAGCACUACUUUGACAAGAUUGCGCGAGAGAUCCUCAGCUUUGAGCGCCAAAAUACCUAUAACCUCCAAAAGAUCAUCAUCGACCCUGUAGCGAAGCUAUACCAGGUCGACAUCAAGCAGGCCGAGUCGAAGAAACGAGACUUUGAAGAGGAGAGCAAAGAUUACUAUGCAUACGUAUCCCGCUACUUGGGGCAACGUCAGGACUCGGUCAAGGCUAAGAAGCUUGCGGAGGCCGAUUCCAAGUACCAGAAUAAGCGACGCAACUUUGAGCUCAAGCGGUUCGACUAUUCCAGCUUCAUGCAGGACCUCCACGGAGGACGAAAGGAACAGGAAGUUUUGUCUCACCUUACGAAAUUCGCCGACUCCCAAACAAGGGGAUUCCUCGCGACAGCCAAGAAAAUCGAAACCCUCCUGCCACAACUUGAGGCGCUAUCGAAUGAGGUUCAGGAAGCUGACAAGGAAUAUCAAUAUCAGCGACGUGAGCGGGAAGAGAAGAGGCGCCUGCUUGAGAAGACCAAUACCCCCUAUAAAGAGCCUGAGCAGAGCAGCACCAUUAGCAGCAUCCCUAUCACCACUGCCACUAACGGAAGUGCUGGUAACACCUCGGAUUCCGACCUGGGCCGCGCUGAUAGCACUGGAUCACAGCUUAAUUCUGGAGCCGCGAGCGCUCCUUCAGCCGUGGAACUAUCUAGGUCCCCUGGUAGCGCACAGCCGAUGGUAGGAAGCCCCGUCGCGGCAUCCAAGUUCAAGGGGAUCCGCGAUCUUGAGGAGCGUGAUAGCUCACAAUCGGUUGUCACCCACCGCAAGGAGGGACUCUUGUGGGCGCUCAACAGGCCUGGAGGACAUGUUGACCCUCGAAACUUGAAUAAACAGGGCUGGCACAAGUUCUGGAUCGUUCUGGAUCAGGGAAAGCUGUCUGAAUAUAGCAACUGGAAACAGAGGCUGGAUCUCCACAUGGAUCCCAUCGAUCUCCGAAUGGCCUCAGUUCGAGAAGCUCGGAAUGCUGAGCGACGGUUCUGUUUCGAGGUGAUCACCCCGAACUUCAAGCGAGUGUACCAGGCUACAUCAGAGGAAGACAUGAACAGCUGGAUCUUGGCUAUCAACAACGCUCUUCAGAGUGCCAUGGAGGGCCGGAGCUACCAGGGUAAACCAACUUCAUCGAACGGCGACUCCAUCAAGAGAGACAUUGGCUCUGUUCUCACAGGCAAGACACAGUCGCUGAGCCACGGCAACCAUCACAGCUCCUCCAGCAGCGGCAUACCCAGUCGUAGGAUCACAGUGGGUGCAAGGCCCAGCGCAGUCAGAACCUCAAGCUCCGGCUACGACGAGUACCCCGACAGGCUUCUGCAGAUGAUUCGGGACAACGAUCAAGGCAACAUGUGGUGCGCCGACUGUGGUUCCGGAUCCAAGGUGGAGUGGGUGUCGAUCAACCUGGGUAUCAUCCUGUGCAUCGAGUGCAGUGGUAUUCACCGUUCUCUCGGUACCCACGUCAGCAAGGUACGAUCUCUGACGUUGGACGUCAAGUCUUUUACGGUCGAUAUUGUCGAGCUCCUCUUGCUCAUCGGGAACCGUGUGUCGAACAUGAUUUGGGAGGCCAAGCUCGAUCAGUCACAGAAGCCAACAGCACAGGCGAGCCGUGAGCAGCGUCUUAGGUUCAUCACAUCUAAAUAUGUGGAUCGGGCGUUUGUAGAGCCCAUCUCACCGACGCUAUCACGAUAUGCGACAGCGGAUGAGACUCUGCUGGCCGCUAUUAAGAAAAACGAGAUCCAGCAGGUGCUGUACGCCCUGGCACUUAAGGCGAACCCAAACACUGUCGACAAGAUGAGGGGCACUCACGCUGUAUGGCUUGCUCUGGCUGCGGCAGACCCGGCAGCCCCGUCUCCUACCCCUGUGUCGGCAGCCGAUGACGGCAAGUCUGUGCCGUUCCCAGUAGCGGAGUUGCUGGUCCAGAACGGGGCCGAAAUCCCUUCAGCGAUGCCGGCGUUCCCUCUGGGGCGCUUCGCGCAGCUCUACGUAGAGCAGAAGCGUGGGCGUGGGGUAACUGGGAGCUCUGGCGAUGCAGUCCCCUCACUACCUGGAACAAUGAGUCCAGCCGAGAAGCUUCAGCGUGAGAGAGAAGCUCGACUUCAAAAGCGCGUGAGCACAGGAGGCAGGCUGGCCAGAUCUCCCAUACCCGAGAAAUAG